AUGGAUCGUGCUGCAGAUUAUCAGCCACUACUCAAGACUUUAGACCAGAAGGACUGCGAAGAAGAAUGUGUGAAACGGAGUUCAUCACGAUCCUCCUCAAGAUUUCAUACUCUUUUGGCUCUACUAGCAGGUGUACUGCUGUACCCGACCAUUGGAUUGCUCUUACGACCUAUUCAUGGUCCCACUAAUCUACUUCACGCCAAGGAUCCAAGUUUAGCCGUGAGCCAAUGCGAGAGCACAGAUCUCCUACCUAUUCAAGCUCCACGAAAGAAUGUUUGGAAGAAUCUGUCAGUCAAAGAAGCGACGGAAAUUAGAGCUUGGCUCUGGUCGCCAGAGCGCGAUCUCAACUUGACAAAAUCGGCGCUGGCGGUUGACAGCGACAAUUACAUUUAUCUCAUCGAAGCAUUUGUUCCGCCCAAAGCCGCGACUCUUGCUUAUCUAAAUGGUUCUAGUUAUGCCCCCGACAAGUAUGCUCACGCGAUCAUCAAUCACGGUUCUUCCGAGAGGAUUGUGGACUAUCUCAUUGGUCCUUUGCCCCUGUCUGCACAAACUCAAAUUACCCCGCUUACGUCGAUCUAUCAUGAGCCUGUCAUUCCGUAUAACGCGCAUGGAUUUGGUCCCAAUUCCACAACGAUGGGUAACCUCAUUGCAUCUACGUUUGCGCCUUUAUCCGACUUGACGAUGGAUCUAUUCGGGGGAGUGGCAAAAGGUCUGGCCAAUGAUACCCUGAUAGGUGCCGGAACGGCUCCUCUUAGUUAUGAUGGUAGCUGGAGACGAAUGUGGGUGGGAUUGAAGCUCAAUGUUCCAGGUCAUUACCUAUUUCCGGUUGACAUGUACACAUAUUACGAAAUGAGUGGUACGGAUUCGUCUAAAUGGCACGUCAUCAAAAUGGUCUACAAUAGUCAGGUGUUCAAUUCUACCCACGAAUUCAGGGAAGCAUGGGAAAGCGGCACGCUGAAGAGGUCAAAGACACCUCUUUUGAAUGACACCUCUGGCUGGGCGACACGGACCCGGAUGAACAGAGGCGGCAACCGAGACCUUGACGACCGAGCAGGCCCUAGAAGUGUAAGCUUCGAUGGGCUUAGAUUCCGCGUGGAUAGGGAAGAGCAAUACAUUACCUGGAUGGGCUUUUCCUUCUACCUCGGAUUUGAACGAGAUAUGGGUCUUAACCUGUGGGAUAUCAACUUCAAGGGUGAAAGGAUUAUUUAUGAGAUAUCUCCACAAGAAGCGAUGGCACAAUACUCUGGUACCGACCCUCAUCAGGCUACUACCGUGUUCUUGGAUCGAGCGUUUGGGAUGGGUGAUUCUGUCAAAGAACUAAUGGUCGGUUACGACUGUCCCGUCGAAGCAGUAUACCUGCCAGCUUCAAUUCACACUGCUUCCGGAUCGACAACUCGGGUAAACGCCAUAUGUAUAUUCGAAAAGGAUUCCACCAAGCCAUUAAGUCGACACACGGGCUGGCUCAAAGACGAGAUGGGUGCUAUUAAAGGAUACGAGCUCACCGUUAGGUCUGUUAGUACUGUUGGUAAUUACGACUACAUCUUUGAUUAUACUUUCCAGCUAGACGGAACGAUAGAGAUUAGAGUAUCGGCCUCUGGAUAUCUACAAGGGGGUGUCUGGGACGAGACGCAAAGACCUUACGGACAUCAACUCCGAGAUACAACAAUGGGUUCACUUCAUGACCACGUCAUCAAUUACAAGGUUGACUUUGACAUCGCGGGCACCAAAAACUCACUCAUCGCUGCAAUGUUGGAAAUAGAGGAGGUUGAGCAGCCCUGGGCAGAUGAAGAUUGGGGAAAGACAUUCAAGCAACAAAAGGUGGUUAGAAGACAGAUUGCUUCCGAAAAUGAAAGUAAAUUGGAAUACCCCAGAAAUAUGGAAGGAAUGUACGUGAUCACAAAUGAGGAGGAACAGAACACAUGGGGUAAUUCUCGUGGAUAUGCUAUACAUCCCGGCGCGAGUAACAUUCACCUCACCAACCUUGAUUGCAAACGAACCCAAGAUAACGUAAAUUGGGCCAAACACCAUCUCUCCCUUGUUGUGUGGUUGAACUUGGGAACCCAUCAUAUCCCUCGAGCUGAAGAUUCUCCUCAAACACUUACCAACGUCGCCACAUCUUCCGUAUUGCUCACCCCGUACAACUUCCACGAUUACGAUGUUGCUAUGGAUGUGAUGAACGCCGUACUCCUCAAUGCUCCUCGCCCGGGUGAGAAGUGGCAGGUCGAUGAGAACAACGUCAAACAGACCUACUGUGCGCCAAGAAAGCUGCCAGACUUCACCUAUACUGGUCUGUUAAGCUUCCAGGAAGACGGUUCUCCAGCCUCCGCAACCGAUAUUGUAGAGCAAAGAAAAUUGGCUGAGUCAUGGCAUGGACUACAUGCUGAAAUUUAA